UUGUAACAGAAAAUUAAAAUAUACUCCACUCAAGGGAAUUCUGUACAUUGCCCUUUGGGUAAAGUCUCAUUUUGAUUUAAAUUUCUAGACCUUUCUUAAGAAAAUCACAUUUCCUUUGAUCUCUCUUCUGAAUUGCAGAAAUCAGAUAAAAAACUACUUGGUGAAAUGACUUCUUGUCACAUUGCUGAAGCUCCUAUAAAAAAGGUUGCUAUCUUUGGAGGAACCCAUGGGAAUGAGCUAACUGGAGUAUUUCUGGUGAAGCAUUGGCUAGAGAAUGGCGCUGAGAUUCAGAGAACAGGGCUGGAGGUAAAACCAUUUAUUACUAACCCCAGCGCAGUGAAGAAGUGUACCAGAUAUAUUGACUGUGACCUGAAUCGCAUUUUUGACAUUGAAAAUCUUGGCAAAAAAAUGUCAGAAGAUUUGCCAUAUGAAGUGAGAAGGGCUCAAGAAAUAUAUCAUUUAUUUGGUCCCAAAGAUGGUGAAGAUUCCUAUGACAUUAUUUUUGACCUUCACAAUACCACUUCUAACAUGGGGUGCACUCUUAUUCUUGAAGAUUCCAGGAAUAACUUUUUAAUUCAGAUGUUUCAUUAUAUUAAGACUUCUUUGGCUCCACUCCCCUGCUAUGUUUACCUUAUUGAGCAUCCUUCCCUCAAAUAUGCGACCACCCGUUCUAUAGCCAAGUAUCCUGUGGGUAUAGAAGUUGGUCCUCAGCCUCAAGGGGUUCUGAGAGCUGAUAUCUUGGAUCAAAUGAGAAAAAUGAUUAAACAUGCUCUCGAUUUUAUACAUCAUUUCAAUGAAGGAAAAGAAUUUCCUCCCUGUGCCAUUGAGGUCUACAAAAUUAUAGAGAAAGUUGAUUAUCCCAGGGAUGCAAAUGGAGAAAUUGCUGCUGUCAUCCAUCCCAAUCUGCAGGAUCAAGACUGGAAACCACUGCAUCCUGGGGAUCCCAUGUUUUUAACUCUUGAUGGGAAGACGAUGCCAUUGGGCGGAGACUGUACCGUGUACCCCGUGUUUGUGAACGAGGCCGCGUAUUACGAAAAGAAAGAAGCUUUUGCAAAGACAACUAAACUAACGCUCAAUGCAAAAGGUAUUCGCUGCUCUGUACGUUAGAAAUCACUUCUAGCUCACAUCUUACACAGUGUCUUACAAAUUCUGCUAGUUUGUAAGCUCCUCAAGAGCAGGUUGUGCCUUAUUCCACUGCAUUCAUAGCUCCUAGCACAGUGCCUUAUUCGGUAGGCAUCCAAGCAAAUUUCUUAAAUUAACUAAUAUAUCUUAAAGGUACCAUAUUUUAUGUAUGUAGCUUAUUCACAGAAGUGUUUCCUAUUUCUGUAUAGUUUAUUAUACAUUAUACUUGGGUAGCUCAACAUUCUUAAUCAACAGCCUUUGUAUUCAGAAUAUAAAAUUGAAAUAAA